GCGGGCGCGCAGCCGGGUCCCCGCGACCCCGGCGCGGGCGGCGCUCAGGCCCCGAGCGAGGCGCCUCUGGCGGCCGCACCAUGGAGUCGGGCCCCGAGGAGUACGAGCUCAACGGCGACUUGCGCCCUGGCUCGCCCGGCUCGCCGGACGCCUCGCCAUCCCGCUGGGGCCGGAACCGGCCCAUCAACGUGAACCAUUACGCUAACAAGAAGAGCGCAGCUGAGAGCAUGCUGGACAUCGCGCUGCUGAUGGCCAACGCCUCCCAGCUGAAGGCCAUCAUCGAGCAGGGCCCCGCCUUCACCUUCUUCGUCCCCCUGGUGGUCCUCAUCUCCAUCUCCCUCGUGCUGCAGAUUGGUGUGGGCGUGCUGCUCAUCUUCCUUGUUAGGUACGACCUCAACAAUCCUGCCAAGCACGCCAAGCUGGACUUCCUCAACAACCUGGCCACCGGCCUGGUUUUCGUCAUUGUCGUGGUCAAUAUCUUCAUCACUGCCUUCGGCAUCCAGAAGCCUGUGAUGGACGUGGCUCCGCGGCAGUAGGGUUCAGAUGUCCCCGGAUCGCACCCGGCCAUAGCCACCCAGAUCCCGGAGCCACCUCCCCCCUGAGGCCCACCUCCCAGUGCGGGGCACUCCCUGCAACCGCAAGAGCCCAGGCGGGCCCCACUAGACUGUGUCCUGGGAUGAGCCGCCCGUGGCUAGGCCACCCCAGGCCAGCGCGGGCCCUGCUCCGUCCUCGGCUGCCCCUCCCCCUGGAGCGUGCCCCAGGGGACAGAAGUGGGGAAGGGUCAUGGCUGCCACAGACACACAGCAGCCCAAGGAUGGGGGUGAGGGGCCCCUGUUGGCCUUGGUCCCGGGACGUAUCCGGAGGGACAAGGAGACCCCUGCCUCUACCAGUGCAACGAGCAUCUGGGCUUUGAGGCCCCACGCUGGGGCGCCAUGGCAUCUGUGCUUCCUGACCCAGGACGCGGGACUGCUGGCCCCAGCUGGCCACAGGCCCUGCACACACCUUCCACCAGCAGGGCCCCGAGCCCCCACAUUUCUAAGCACCAACGACCAAUAAAGCUGACGCGCCUCCUCCCCUCUCGGGCCUGGCCCUGCAUUAUGUCCCCAGGCCCCCCAGCCUGUGAGGGCCUCCCCACCCUGCCGGGCCGUCGUGGGGUCACAGUCCCAACCAUGGGCGCCUUCUCGGGGACCGAGGGCUCACGCAGCUCCUUGGCGUCUGGCAUGUCAGGGCACAGUUUUGAGGCAGAAACCGGGUUCUUGAAGCUCCGGUGCCUGGCAUCUUUUUUUAAUUGAGAUGCACAUUAGAGCUGCAGAAAUGGCUCAUCCCGUAGCCCCAGGAUGACACCGCGCAUCCUUGUUCGAUCUGUGAGGGGCAGCCACGGCCUGCAGCCCUGGAAGGGUUCUCCAGGGUGGCCGUGGCUCCCGUGAGGGACAGCACGCAGCACCGACUGCCAGAAGGGUCCGUGGGCGCCUCCGAGGUUGCCGACACGACCACACACAAUGACCAGGUCAGAAAACCAGCCCGAUCCAGCACUCUGGUCUACACUGCAGACCUGUGCGUGUGUUGUCAGGCAGCCGUGGACUCAUAAGCAGGAUAAACCCUGCAUACCCCACCCCCAGCUCUGGCUCCGGGGCGCAGGGGGGCACGUUCAGGAGGACUGGCCCCGGGUGCUGUGUCACGGCCACAGGAGGUCUACGGGUCCCCCAUCAACUUUGGUGGCUUUUGGGGUCAGAAGCCAAGACCUGGACCCUCCUCUGAAGAGGUCGGGGGAAGGACGGUGUGCAGGAUGACCUUGGGGAGCAGCCAGAUGUCACUCCCACGUGUUGUCAGGGCACGUGGCCCACAACCCAUGACCUCAUGGAAAGUUACGGCACUCAGGUUUCCUUCAGUCUGCGUGCCGAUGGGUCUCCCCUCUGCACCCGCAGCUCUGGCCCAUGUGGGGUGCCCAGCGCUGCUGGUCAGGGACACCAGCUGGGCAGAUACCAGCAAGGGCUUGUCCCCAAGGGUCCCCUUGCUGGCUGGAACCCCCUGCUCUCUCAGUCCACCCCUGCAACCUCCAAGGGCUGAGCCCUUGCUCUCUGCCCCCUUGGCCCCUCUUUCUCGACCCCCACUGGCCCCACCCCUCACAUCCUUGAUGUGGCAACACCCUCACCUGGUCCUCCGGGUGGGGUACCUUCCAGCUCCAAGGCCCUUCUGCCAUCUGAACCUAGGGCAGCUCCAACACCCCAUUCCUUAAAAUGAUCAGGUGGCCCCUGGUCAGCUCCCACAAAGUGAUCAAUAAACAGAAGUGCU